AUGACCACGGUGUACAGAGGAAAGCCAGCGCUUGGCUGUGUUCUGUGCCGCAAGCGGCGUCUGUUAUGUGAUCGGCGGCACCCCUCGUGCUCGCAGUGCCUGAGGGUGCAUCAGAAAUGCUCCGGGUAUCGAGACCCUAACGCUCUAAGAAUCUAUGAUCAGACCAUGGAAGUCGUCCAGAAGGCAGAAGAAGCCCGGCUUGCACCAUCAACUGCGUCGAAUCAACGGCAGCAGCAGAUCAUUUCUCCACCCAUCUCCAACGAUGAGCGAGCCAUAUCCCACGUUCACACCUACUACGUGGGCACUGCCCAAAACCGAGGCAUGAUGUGGUACUUGCCCGAUCUAACGCGCGCAGGUGGUUCCUCUGCGCUCAGAGCCACCAUGAAGGCGCUGGGAAUGGCUAGCAUGACAAGAAUGCAAAUGCUGCCGCCGAAAUUCAAACGCUCGGCAGCCGAGGCAUACGGCACGGCGCUGCGGGCUACCAACGACGCACUACGAGACCCUACGCAGGCAACGACUGAUGCCACAUUGGUAGCGGUGUUGCUGCUCAGUACGUAUGAGAUGAUAAGUCACCAGUUCACGAAUUUGCAGCGGACGUGGAUGAACCACGUUGAAGGCGCGAUAAGGCUUCUUGAACUACGAGGCGUAGAGCAACUGGACUCCGACUUGGGGCUGGAGCUAUUCACCACCGUCAGACUACAGAGUGUGAUAAGCUGCAUAUUCUUCAGAUACAAGCUUCACCAUUCACCACAAAUGGUAGAAUUGCUGGAUCUGGCAGAAACCAAGCGGGAUGACAACUCCCGGCCCGUGGAAGCUUUGUACAGGAUGCUUACCAGACUGAGUCAUCUCUGUAUCCGGGUUGACCAGGCCCGCAGAUCUACUGCUGGCACUCUAAUGCCUUUGAUGGAAGAGUCUCUCCAGCUUGAUGCCGAUCUGCAAUCAUGGACCAUGUCCCUGGGCCGAGCUUGGCAGUAUACAGUUAUUGACACCCCUCCCAACAAUGUCUAUACCCCAAUGCACAGUGAUCGCUAUCACAUGUAUCACAACGUCAACAUUGUCGGGAUGUGGAAUCACUAUCGUCUAGCACGGAUGGUUACGAAUACAAUGAUCAGAUCGUUGGCGCAUCAGUUGGGAUCUGAAAGUCAACAGCUCGUGGUUCAGGCGACUGCUAUCCUCAGCCAGAUGGUGGAGGAUGUUUGCGCUACCGUUGAUUACCAUUUCAUCCUGGGAGCACCAGGCUUUGCAGCCGUAUACCGGUUGCAAUGGCCUCUGUUUGUCUCUGCCCUUUGCACAGACAUGACAUCUGCAAGGUACACCUGGAUUCUGCAAACGUUCGAUAUGAUUGCAAAGACCACGGGGUUCCAACAGGCGAUCAGUAUGUUGCAGCGCCUCAGAGAUGGCAAGAGAAUGGGUAUCAUUCCUGGCUCAUAG